UAAAAAGGCAGAGGACGAGACGUUGGAUCGUCGACAGAAUUUUAAGAAAAUGUUGCUAUUUCCUUCAGGAAUUUGUGCAAACGAAGAAACCGACUAAAAUUUAUGCCGAUUUCCAGCUGAUAAGCGGCGGUAGUUUUCGGGAAGCACCACAAGUUGCACGAACACCUGGUUUUCUUGGCGCUCCAGACCCAACACAAUGGAUGCUAAGAUGCUGCAUUUGUCCCUCCUUGCUGCUUUGUUUACACCUCAUUCUACUACUGCAACUGAAAACAUUGCGGUGUCAGUCUCUGGGGUCCCGGUGUCAGUGCAUCAGGGCCACACAGCCACGUUACCGUGUUGGCUCAAUCCUCCAAAAAGCGCAGAGAGCCUAGAUGUGCGCUGGUUCCUUCGUGACACAUUUGACGCCCCACUCCUGUCUUACCAAGGGAGACAAGUCCAUCAUGGCUCCCAGUAUGUGGAUCGGGCUGCUUUCGGCCUGCGUGAUGCAACGUCCAGCGGGCUGAAGGCGGGCGAUGUGUCUCUGGAGCUGGUGAAUGUCACACUCAGAGAUGCAGGAGUGUACACCUGUUAUGUCAGCAGUGAUCAGGGCUAUGACAAAGGAACUGUCCAACUCAAUGUGAUAAAAGUGGGCAGCCCUCCUGUCUUGUCGCCGCAGUGGAACGUCAACGGCACGGUGAAUGUGAGCUGCAGUUCAGAGGGCUGGUAUCCAAAGCCUUGGCUGCGGUGGUCAGAGCAGGGGAAGGUUGAGACCCCAAAAGUCUUGACACACAACACUGAGACCAGCGGGUUGGUGUCUGUCCACAGCUCGCGUCUGGUCUCCUCUCCCUCCAAGGUGUUCUGCUCUAUAGGCUUGCAUGAAGAGGAGAACUGGGAGGCAGCGCUGCACCUACAGGGACCUGUCCAAACAAAUGCACAGGGUGAAGAGAAUCUUGGAUCUUCACCAUCCGGUUGGGUCCUGUUUGGUGUGACCUUUGCAGCUCUUCUAAUCGUGUCUGCCAUCCUAGCUUAUUUCCUCAAAAACAGAGGAAGCCGAUCCAAAUCGGACCCUGGGGGGGGUGAAGAUCCUGUACGGGAGCAUCUUCUACCAACAGGUGCGGACGUGGGAGGAUUUCUAGAAGAGGCUAGAAAACAUUAUGUGAAUGUCACAUUGGACAAUACAGAAAACCCUUUUCUCAGAACCAAAGAUGGUAGAAUUGUGAGAGAUGGUGAUGUUCCUGAUGUUCCUGAUGGUGCUCUGGUCACUGGUGCCACAUCCAUAAAGGGAGCAUCUGGAUUCUCUUCUGGACGGCACUACUGGGAGGUCCUAUUGGGCAAUGAAAAAGUUGGCUUCAAGAAAUCCUGGUGGAUAGGAGUGACGAGUGUAACUGGCAGCCUUGAGGGACUGAGUGGCCUACCCCGUGCAUCUCACGGCUACUGGUUCCUGUCCUCCGACGCAACAAAGGGACUCUGGCUCAACACAGAACCAGUCGUUUUGCUCCCGGUCCAGUCCACACCACAAACUCUAGGUGUGUAUUUAGACUAUGACAGUGGAAAGCUUUCCUUUUACAGUGCAGGAGACAAGAGGCACAUUGCCACUGUUGAGUGUAGUUUCAAAGGCGAAGUCUUCCCUUUUUUCAAUCCUGGUAAGGGCGACGCAGCCCCUAUGGAGAUCGUGCAUAGGGAAGAAGUGGAAAGCAGUCAUGAUGAACAUGUGUGACUUAAUUCUGUUAGUAAAAACUGCUGGCAAGAGCGUCAAAAUGAAAAAAAAAAAAAAAAAAAACAAUGUACAAACCACCGGCAAACACUAUAAUUGACAUCUGUUAUAUUCACCGUACCCAUAAAAACAGGCUAUACAACAUACACCAAGCCACACCUAAGUUUGCAAAAACCUGUGAAUGCAACCUCUGAAAUUAAAUCCUUUAUAACUCAACACUACUAAUGUGCUGCAUAAAAUUUAGAAAUGCAGCGCUAUGAUUUAGCUUGCCUUAUCUGAAUCCCAGCUCACAAUCAGGUAUUUAGACACUGGCGGGAGAAGAAACAAUAAAUAAAAUAAAAAAAACUAUCAAUAUAAACAAUUGUAUC